AUGGUAGAGGAUGUCCUGGAGGACCCCCGGCCCGACCCCAAGGAGAAACUCCUCGUGGCCGUGGCCGCUGGAAAGGAGGAGGAGGUUGCGACUCUCUUGGGGUCCAUGGCUCCAAGUGCCGAGGCUUUGGUUCUCGCAGCCCGAAGGGAUGAGUUCGGAGUCGUGCAGCUCUUGCUGGAGAAGAGGGCUUCGGCCAAUGCGCCAGACAGGUUUGGAUGGACGCCCCUCGUGGUGGCUGCUGCAAAGGGCCAUUUUUUCCUCGUCGAACAACUCCUGGAAUGUCAGGCGACUCCAGAUCCCAAGACCGGUCCGGGCAAGAAGAGAGUCGUGACGGCCUUGCAUGCGGCUGCCAGCUUUGCGAAGUUUGACGGGCUACCAAGCCGGGAUCUGCAAGCGAAGGAGGAGGCAGCCAAAGAAACCAGUGAAGCCAUUAAAUACUUGGAUAUGGCCAGCACGCUUCUGCAAAAGCAGGCCGAUCCAAAUGUGUGCCUAGAAUGGGAGGGCCAUGAGCCCAUCACAUGCCUGCUGGCAGCUGCCAGCUCUAAGGCACAGGACAGCUAUGUCCUGGAUAUGAUCCAUCUCCUACUGAUGGAACGAGCAGACCCAGAGGCCGCAAAAGAUGGACAUACGGUGCUCUCCGUGGCUGCGGAAGCAGAUGCAGAAGGACGUCGAGCCGAAUAUCUGCUGGACCGUCUCCUGCGCGGCGAGGGCCGGGAGUACACUGACCUGGUGCAGAAUCUGCUGCAAGAGGUCCAGCCUGCAAAAGGCUACACCCGCCAGCAGAGAUUGCGGGAGUCCGUGCGCACCAUCCUCGGCCGGGAGAACGGUAAGCAGGUCAAGCAGAAAGUCUCGCUCCUGUCGCGCAAAAGCACCAAGAGCACUGGCAAGGACGUUCAGCCCAAAGCCACCAAUGAUUGGGACUUGGAGCUGCAGAACUUGCAGUACGCACCGAAGGUGCAAGUGUCGUUGCGAACUCUUCCAAUCCAGGCCCCCUUGGCAUGCCGCCCCGGAGUGCUGAGAGCUUUGGCAGAGACUGCCAACGACGAAACCUUGGCUUCGGAUACUGUGGAGGCCAUCACUGCCGCGGCAUGGCUGCAGUUGCGGGCAGUCACCGCCAUAGACGUCUGUCUGGAUGCCAUGGCGGUUGCUUGCUUGUGUAGUGUCACCAUCUCCUGCCGCACUGGUGGUGACGGGAGGGCCCAGCUGCCAUUCUUCUUUCUGAUCCUCAUCCAGGUGAAGGAGGCCACUGAAUGGAUAGUGCACUUCUUCUAUGUGUUUGGUGGAUUCUUCGCAAACCUGGUCAGUCACAACUUCCUAAUGACAACAGUCGAGAGCGAAGAUUGGGAAGACAGCAUCUCCGCCCAGGGUGCAGAAGUUCUAGAGACCUUUGCUGAUCUGCUCUUCCUGGUCGUGGGUUGGCUCGCCAUUGCAAGUCAGAUGCAUCUCUGCAGCGAGAACAAGAUGGACAAGGUCUGGAUGCCAUGGUUCUGCUCGAUGUAUUGGCUACGGUUUGUGUACAGCUUACGUGGGGAGCGAUGGCUGGGAAUAUAUCUACUUCCGAUUCUAUCCGCUGUGCGAGAUACCUGGGCCUUCUUCUUCGUCACCUUCCUUUGCGUUGGAGGCGCCACCCACGCCUACGUCAUCUUAGGCCCAAGAGGAGAAGACCCCCUUCCGAUCUACUCUGCCCUUACACACACGGUCCGCCUCGCCAUCUUUGGAGACUUCGACCUCUUCGAGUACCAGGGCCAGGACACGAACUACGCGCUGAACACGGAGACCAAUGAGUGGGAGCCCAAGGAUCCAAGCCCCAGGGACCUGGGGGCAGAUUGGUUUUGGAGCUAUAGCUACCUGCAGCUCUUCUUCUUCAUCACCGGCAUGGGCAUCACGGUGCUUCUCAUGAACCUCUUAAUCGGUAUCCUGAGCACGAACUACGAUACACACCAGGGCCGGGCGCAGAUCCUCUUUGUGCAAGCCAGGGCCUGCAUGUUGCUGGAGCAGCAGCGCAGGCCCUGGAGUAUGGCUUUCGCUUGGCUGCGACGAGGCUUCAAGAAUCCUGCCACCUACAGCGCUGCCAGGAUUAAGACGGGAAGGUUGGAAGAAGACUUCGGUGGGUUGCCGGAGCAGUACCGCUACCCCGCCAAUGUUGGCAUCGUGGCACUAUAUCCUCUUCAACAGGUUAUGACACGCGACAUCUUUCGUCAUUUUCUUGCAGGUGCAGUCUACGGGCCUGUAUUGCAACAUCCACACCUGGCCUUCGUCAUCCUCAUCUUGUCCCCGCUGCUCUUGGUUCUGUCGCUCCUUGUUUGGCUGACCUUUGGGCUGCUUUGCCUCGUGUUCCGAUGGCAAGGUGUGCGCUACGCGAUCAACCUGACGGUCUUCGGCAUCUUUAACACCCAGUUCGCCUCGGAGUGCCACAUCUUGGCGCUCAUUCGAAAGGAGGACGGAAAGACCGACCAGAAGGAGAGGUUCGAGAAGCUGGAGGUCUACCUCAAGGAGCUUUGCCGGGGGCACCAGGGCAGUGACGGAAAACUGGACAAGAUGUUGGCUUUACUGGAUGACGGCUGGCAGGGAACACAAGGAAAAAAGAAAGCGACAAAGCCUCGGAAACAGGCGGAGGCGCCCCAAAGCACGGGCGGCCUCUCAAAUAUCCCGAAGGAGGAGCUGCCUUUGCCACCUCCCUCGAAAGAGACCGAGGCUCCGGCGAAGCCGUGUGCCGAGGUCCUCAGAACGGGUCCAGGGGCGGGCACGAAGAGCCUCGAGGAGCUCAUCGGAUGGAAUGCAGAAUUGAUGCAGCAGUACUGCCAGCUGAUGGCAGACGUGUCCACUUACAUACGGCAGAUCCAGGCUUCUCGCCCAGGGCUUCUCGAGAACCUGCCGUUCCAGCCUAUCUGGAUGGACCCUGUGCCGGUGCACGAGCCCACGGCUGAGAAUCUGCGCAAAAGCAUCUCUGAGUCUUUCCUGCAUGUUGCUUGGAAACCCGCAGCAAGAGACCCCUAA